AGUUCCCUUGUAGCCCACGUCCCCCAAAAUAAAUAUUUCGGUCCUUCCGUUUGGCCUUCCGGAUUCGACAAUCAACGAGAGAUGAGUGAAUACUCGAAACCAAUCUCGGUGUGGUGGGACAUCAACAGCUGUCCGGUUCCCACUGGUUAUGAUCCUCAUCUGGUUGGUCCGAGAAUUUCAUCGGCUGUGGCGGAUGCUGGCUACGAUGGUCCUCCUAACAUCACUGCCUUUGGCAACCUAGAGCACAUCCCUGAUGAGGUCUUGCUACAGAUCAAUUCCACUGGAAUCGCUCUUAGACACGUCCAAUGCGAUUAUCUAGAGGACAUGGUUAAGUGUUGGCUUGAGCAGCCGAUGUGUUUUAUGCUCAUCUCCAGUCAUGAGCAACUGGAAAUCUUUGCUCCUACUUUGUUCAAGAUACAACCUCUCUUAUCCUCCAUUCUUCUGGCACAUCCUGGACGAAAAGAAGGUUCAGAAUGGCUCUGGAAAAGCUUCUUCCGCAGUGUUAGAAGAGAGCUUAUCUGGGAAACCUUAUUGUCAAUGGAUUCAGGGUCUGCGGAUAUUAGUAAACAGUUAUGUAAAGCAGGCCAACUCUUUUGCAAAACAUGUGGUCCUUGGUCGGGGAGUUUUGAAGAUUUCACUAAGCAUAUCAAGUGUCAAAAACACACACCGCAAGUAAAAGUGAUGAGUGAUCAACCAAAGGUAACCAUGAGAUCCUUUGGCCCCGUUCAUCAUUUUCGGCCAAGUGGGCAUGUGCCGAUAACGACUGUGCUUUGGGACAUGGACAGCUGUCCGCUUCCCGAUUCUUUUAGUCCUUGUCUGGCUGGUCGGAGUAUAAGAUCGGCAUUGAAAAAUUCAGGCUACCUUGGUCCGGUCACCAUCACCGCCACGUUCAACCUAGAUCUCAACCCACGCACUGCUGACCUCCUGGAACCGCUCUUUUCCUCUGGAAUCAAUCUUUCAAGCAUCUUCGGCUAUUGUCUGCCUCAGUUGUUGUUUGCCUGGAGAAUGAGUGCGCAACCUCCGGCUAAUUUAAUGCUCAUAUGUGGUGAUACUACACUGGAAACGUUAUCUGAAUCUCUUUUCUGCAUAUGCGAUGAGGGAUGCACCAUUCUCGUGGCACAUCAUGGACGAAAACCCGUUUCAGCAGAUCUCUGGAAAAGCUUCCUUUCACUUGUUUCUAGAGAUUGGAUCUGGGAAAGCUUCCUAGGUUCUGCAGACGAUAAAGACGAGGCUCUUGAGUACAAGUGUAGGGAAACGGGUUACGUUUCUUGCGAAAUGUGCGAAUUUUAUGGCUACAGCCUUGAAGAUCUCGCCACUCAUUUCAGUAGUGAUGAACAUUUAGAGGAAGUGUCCGACCGUACUCCUCUAGACAAACAUAGCUCUUCUACUUCUGCCGUAGAACCAAAGGGCAAUGAGAGGGAGACUAAGACUGAACAUGUAGGUGAACAAGAGACCAGCUGCGCACCAAGAGGCACCAAGAGACCAGCUGCGCACAUUGGUCCAUCGGGUCUCUAAAAGAUUGAAUGGUUUUUGUUCUACUCUAGCGGGAAAUGUUAUUUUAUAUUUAGUCUCCUCUUUCUUUUCUUUUUUAAAUAAACUAUCACAUGGGAUAUAUAAAUAUGAUAUUGUGUUCGCUU